UUUUUUAAAGCUGCCGAAACAAAAAAUGACCAACAAAACAAGCCUGUAAAGCAAGUUCGUAUCCAACCAGCAAAGAAUAAUAAACAUCCAGCAAUUAAUGCAAUUAAGGAAUUGGAUUUACAACAUUCGAUUAAUUUUAAAAAUAUUUUUUUUGGAUUAACCCCGUCUUACAUUAGAAGGAAAUUUUGUUCCAACCAAUUUAUGGAUGCAUUUUGAUUUUAAAGGAGCCCCUCCAAAACCUUCUUAUUUUAUUUCUUUAUUACCUCUUUUGCAAAAUAUGGGGUUUAAUGGAUUACUUAUUGAAUGGGAAGAUAUGUUCCCCUAUAAAGGAAGACUUGCUAAUGCAAUUAAUGGGGAUGCUUACACAAUGGAUGAGGUUAGAGGAAGGGAUCGCCCUAUUCGAAACCUGAACUUCUUUCAACUCGAACCCGAUAAGAAGAAACUUUCCAUAACCCGCUUCGAAAAAUUUUCGAAGUCCGCGGCGGCUUUUUCUCAACCCAACACAUCUUCAUCCCUGAUAUGUGUCAGUAGAUAG